AAUGCACUUAAUGAGAGAUCCAUCACCGAAGACUAAACAACACUAGUUUCAGUUGUAUGUCAAGACAGUAACUUCGUGUCUUUGUUGAGUUAGUCAGGAUAUAGACAAAAUGAGAACUACCGCUUUGUGGGUAGUUUUCACACUAUUCGUUGUGCUUUACCAAGUUUCUGCACACCCACUUGCCUCGCAUAAACUAGCCGAGGAAAAAGAUAAAGAAAACAUCGAGAAACAAGAAGACAAAGAUGUGAAGCAGGAGGAGAAGGAAGAGAGUGAAGACUCUGAAGAGAAAAAACAAGACGAAGUUAGUGAAGACGAAGAUAAUGAAUCUUCUGCUGAAGAAGAAAAGGGAGAAGACGAAGAAGAAGAAAAAGAAGAAGUAGAUUCAGAUAAUUCCGAUAAUGAAGCUAGUGGUAGUGCAUCUGACGAGAAGAAAGAAAGAAACCGAAGAUCGGAUGAGGAUUCUGGAGAAGAACCCGAAGAAGGAUCCGCAGCACCAGAAAAGCGAAGCAAAGCUGUUGCAGUUAAGAAGCGAUGCGGUGGAUUCGGUGGCUGUGGCGGCUUCGGUGGAAUCGGGGAAUUCGGCGAUGGAUUCGGUCUCGGAGGCGGCGGUUGCGGAGGCGGCUGCGGCGGUUGCGGCGGUGGAUGUGGUGGUGGCGACUGUGGCUGCUGUGAAUGGGGAAAGCCCGGUGCUGGUUGCGGCUGUUCCAACUGCUGCGGUGGCUUCGGGUGUCCUCAUUCCUGCGGAGGCUGUGGAUGUGGCUGCUGCCCCAACCUCAACUUCCCAUGCACGUUCGGCGCAUGCGUGAACAAUCCCUGCUGUGAGUGUUGCUCCAAGAAGCCACCAAAAGGCAAAUGCCAAUGGCCCUGCUACUGGCCUUGCUGCUGCAAGUGUACUCCACCAAAGUUUGAGUUUAAACCUCUGAAAGCCAAGCCUUUGUGUCACUGCCCACACUGCUCUACCAGCCCAUGUGGAGGAUGCAUGGGAUGUGGACACAAGAAAGAUGGAAAACCCAAGCCAGGCAAGAGAGACACAAUACAGAAGCGUUGUGGUUGUGGUGGAUUUGGAGGCUAUGGAGGCUAUGGAGGCUAUGGUGGCUUUGGAGGCUAUGGAGGUUAUGGUGGAUAUGGUGGAUAUGGUUUUGGAGGAACUUUCUUCCCUGGUCUUGCACAUGGAUGGAGUUCUCUUCCUGGAUAUGGUUAUGGAUAUGGACUCCCAUACUUCUAAAUAAAAUGUUAAUUGCUAACGAAUGGAAUAGAGCUUCAAGGAAGAGCUGGUCGAGUGUCUUACCGAUCCCCAACAAUUUUAUUGUCUUUCCGUUCUUUGGAAACACCUUGCAAUAUAGUGUCUUUGAUUUGAUGGAGGCCAUCUUGGAAAUAGUAACCAGGCCUGUGCAUGACAACGAGGUCAUCGGUGACCUUAACCCACUAAUGAUAAAAAUAUAUUUAUUAUUGAAGAUGUAGCAACCAGUGGCUUUGCUUUAGGUAAAGAAAGCCUGUGUGGUAGUCCUUCUAAGUAGCUGCCAUUCUCAGCUGUUAACUUUAGCUAUUUUUACCUUUUA